GCGGCGCCUAACCUUGGCCGUGUGAGCGCGCAGGGCGUAGACGCUCUAAUUCCGGCCGCCAGACAUCGCUGCUCGAGCGCUGUGACGCGCCCGCUCGUUUCCAAGCGCUUCCGCCAGCGCUAAGCGAGCUCUAAGAUGGAUGUGCUCGACAGCGCCAGGAAGCGCAAAAGCGCGUUUGCGGCGCAGCUGGCCGACCAGGACGCGGCCAUGGCCCAGCUUCAGGCAAAGCUCGAGGCCGCCCGUGUCGAGGGAGAGCGGCUCAAGGCGCGGGCGGAGGAGGCGCCGGAGGCCCCAGCGGCGGCGGCAACCCACGCGGACACGAGCGUCGCCGUGGUCGUGUCCGAACCUCCCGCGGUCGAGGCCGCCGCCCCGAGCCCGCCGAGGGACGCCGCGCCAGUCCCGACCGCCGAGACGACGGCGCCCGCCACGCCGCCGCGCCCGCCGCCAGCUCCGGACGAGGCGACGCCGACGACCGCGGAUCUAUUAGCGUUAGCAGCCACGACGAACCCCCUCGACGAGAGCAAUGGGGAACGCUGCGCGGCCUGCGGCGACGACGCCUAUUCAUUAAGGAGCCAGCUCGUGCCCUGCACGUCGUGCGGCCGGGCCUUCCACGCCGGCUGCGUUAGAUUAAGGGCGAUCCCCUUCCGCGGGUCGACGCGCGCCGACCGGCGGUACCGCGAGCUCUUCGUGAAGCGGUAUUUUGGCGACUGGAUGUGCAAGGAGUGCGAGCGGCGGCCGGCCGUCGUCUGCGCGCCUCCUGUCCCUGCUCCGUCCGGCUGCGCGUCUUGUGCUGCCUUGACGGCGCGCGUGGCGGAGUUGGAGAAGGUGCGGCUCUCUGACGUGCCGCGCGAGGUCAGGAGCGAGAUCUACCAGACCGCCGCGCUCGAGAAGGAGAACGCCGACCUCCGCGAGCGGUUGGAGCGGGCGGAGCAGGAGCUUGUGCGCUACCGGGCGAUGGGAGUAGUGGCCGUCGGCCGCGAACAAGAGCUUGGGAGGCCGGAGUUUCGGGACUUACUUUCGGGGCUAGCAGCGGCCGCACAAGGCGGUGGCUCCGUGUAAAGAUUGUGUACAAGCAAUCCGGCGAGGAAGAUAUACUUUGAGUGUUACCCGGGCCGCGCGCCUACGCACCAUUCUUCUUCGGCAUCUUCGGCGUCUUCGGCGCGUAGAAGGACUUCUCGGCAGCUUGGUCGAAGUUGUAGCGACCUGACGGUUUUCCAGGCCCUCUCGCGGCGUUGCGCGCCUGGCGAGCGGUGAGCCGCGUUCGCGCCUUCACUAAUACGUUAUAUUCACACCACGAGCGAUAAAUGCACUGCGCG